CAAUGUUAGCAUUUUUAGUUAGCUGUAUUGAUAAAAGAUAGAUAAUGAUAUGGAAUAUAUUUUGUUUAACUGUGUAAAAUGUGUAAAAACAUACAUGUUUAGAUGCGGAUAAAUGGGCGUGGCUGCUUAUAUAUCUAGAACGUCAAGAAUUUCACUAUUUCAUAACGUAAAGUGUUAAAAUGGAUUUAUAUAUAGGACAUAAAAUAAAAAGAAUUUAUACUUGCAAGAACAAAACAUUUUCAUCAGUAGUGUUUUUUCUGAUGUUGAUUCUCGCACUUGUUAUUACACAUACCUGCAUUUCUCUUUCUAGAGCUGUUAUCAACAAAAGUAUUAAACUGAGAAGUGAAGACAACAAUAUGCACCUCCCGUCAUCACGAUACUUACCUGAGCUGAGAACUGAGGGCAAUAAUACAUAUAUGCACAGCCCUUCAACUGGAUCCCCGCUUGUGCUGAGAAAUGAUGAUGAUGCCAACGACCAGUCAAUAGGAUCCCUGCAUGAACUGAGAAAUGAUAACAAUGUCAACAGUCCAUCAACAGGACCCCAAUCUAAGCUGAGAAGUGAUGACAAGAAUAUGAACCGCCCGACAACAGGAUCAAACCAGAUCUAUAAUUUUCAAACGACUAUUGCCAGAAAUGCUGAGAGAAAGAAACGUCUUCAACAGCGAUGCAGCACAUCUGAUCAGAAAGAAAGAAUUAAUGUUACAAAAAAGCAUGAGUUUUUUAAAAAAGAACGUAUCAGAAUUCUGACCAAUCCACUUGUAUCUGUAGCCUACUGUCGUGUAAGUAAAGCUGCUUCAUGGUAUACUAUCAACGCACUUGGUAAAAUUCUUAACUGCACGGAGGAAUGUUUACGUAGUUUUUCUGAAAGAAUCCGCAUGUUAUCAUAUGAACGUAAAAGAGAGGCACUCAAUAAUGCUUACAAAUUUAUGUUUGUUAGGGAACCAUACGGACGGCUUUUUUCUACAUAUUGUAAUAAGUUUUAUUUCCCAAAAGGCUAUUGGAGUCCAGUAGGAAUAGAUAUUAUUAGAAGAUUCAGAGAGAACCCGUCAGAAGACAGUUUAGUGUACGGACAUGAUGUAACAUUUGCUGAACUUAUACGUUAUACUAUUGAAGACUUUGAGGCUGGAAACAAAAUGGAUGCACAUAUAAGACCCAUGCAUACCAACUGUAAACCUUGUGACUAUGAUUAUGAUUUUAUAGGUAAAUUAGAAACAAUGCAAUCAGACUGGAAAUACCUAGCACAUGAAUGGAAAUCUAGGAACAUCACAACGAAUAUUCCUACUGAUAUUGGCGAAAAAUCAACAGAUAUAUUUGGCGAAAUGAUUCAUGUGCAUGUAACUUUAAAAAAAAUAGAAGAUUCGAAUAUAACGCUAUAUGACCUUUACCAAAGAGCAUGGAAUUACUACCAGAUAACUUCAGUUAUAUCUAAACGUAUUAGUAUGCCAUUAUCAAGAUCUGAUAACAGAUAUUUUGGUUAUUAUUCACUUCUUUAUCAUCUGAAACGUGCAAGAAUGUAUUCGGAACAAUAUGCCACCGAAAUGAAAGCUCAAAGGCAUGAAGCAAUGUUACAAGCAUAUUCUACCGUGCCUUCGGAAGAUUUGGAAAGAUUGAAAAGUGUAGUCAAGGAAGACUGCCUGUUGUUUGGUUAUGAUGACAGUCCUGAAUGGCUGUUUGGAAGAAAGAUCGUCUAUAAUAAGUUAGCUUCAUUUGAUUACUUUAGCGGUAUAAAUGGAGACAAAACGUUUAAACAAAAUGACAAAAUUUUGUCGAUUUAGCAUAAAGAGAUAUUUGCGUGGUUGAGAUCUCUUUAAUAGUGCGUUAGCGGAGUUCUUCAAAUUGUCCCGGUCAUGUCUGUUCAUAUAGUUCUGGUAUUCAGGCGUUUAAGAAUGACAAAUUCGUGGUCAUUUUUAAAAGGAGUGUACUUUACGUUGGCACUGGACUGAGUUAAUGUACUUUUAUCAUUAGUACAAUUUUAUUUACAUAUCACACGUUAAAGGAAAACCGUUAACAAAAGUUAACAAGGGUUUAAUUUAUAAAUGACAUUAGUUUUUUAUAUCAUCUUCACAGUUAAAACUGUAUUUACAUUCUAUAGUUAAUUAGUUUAGUGUUAAGACAUGCACGUGUUUUACGGAAUUAUCCAAUAGUGCAUACACCCAUCGUCUGGAAAUGUUACACAUAACGUUUGGUAAAAGCAAGGUGCGUGUUUCAUCCUCUCUUAUCUGCUACUUUACGGCGAGGGCCUCACAUGUUGUUACAAAACAAAAUUGAAUAUACCGGGAAAUGAUCCCGUGAUCAGUUAUUAGAUUUCAACCACCUGGCAUUAAUAACAAAAAGACACAAAAGCAUACGAAAAUGUAAUUCAAUAGACAAUAUACGAAACAGUACCUUAAUAAACCAUAUAAGAAAACGUAUGUCCGUAAACAAUCCUAGCAACGUGUACGAACGUGGUUGAAAAGUGUGAGAAGUAAACGAUUUGAAUACGAAAUUAGCGGAUACAAAUACCGCUAUUUUAAUUUAUACCUUACCUUCAGUAAAUGUUUCCAAUAUGCAAAAAUAUGCUACGUUUAUCGUUUUUGUAAGAAAUAAGAUGCCAGGCAAUAUUUCAUCACUGGAUAGACUAACGGGGAGUGUCGGAUAUUCAGAUGAUCUUACUUUUACGAAAAUACUGUAAAGUAUUACGUUAUGCAUAAUGCAUUACGUUGAAUGAAGUAAUAUCUGAAUUAUUGAUUUUAGAUAUUUCCAGCAUUUUAACAAUUUCACAAUGACUAUUAUAUGCUGGUACCAAACUUUUCAGUUCUCUAAUGGCGGCCAUUGAACUCGAGAACGGAAAAAUGUGCAGCCUUUUUAACGGUGGAUUUUAUUAAUUUUAUAAUCUUUUUUUUUCAAACGUAACUAAAGAAACUCACAGUUACGUUAUUCAUAAAGAGGUGUUACCUGCAAAAGCGACGCACUGUUGUGUAAACUGGACUCCAUUUAAAAUAUUCAUGUUUAUACGUUAUAUGCUUACCAAAUUAGUAAAGCUAACUGUCAUCUUGCUGAUUUCCGAUUUCAAAAGCUCUCUACACAAUUUGUCCUUGGGAGUACAAUGCUUGAAUGAAAUGCUGUAGAGUAUUUUCUAUAAUUUCUUUUUUUUUCUCUUUGGAACCAUACGAUAUGGCCCCUUUAUUUUUUAAAAAAAAACACACACACACACACACA